UUAAUGACACGUCAAGUGAAUUGCAUGUUGGUAAGGCAAAGAGAGAAAUAAAUUGACUGUAAAUUAAACAAGUAACCAAUUAAUUAAACUGUUAAAUCGUGGCAAGCAUUGCUGGUUAGUUAAUAGCCAAGAUGAGUCAAGUGCCGUGUUACACGAUCAUCAACUCGCCGGAUCUCGAGGUGCCGAACGAGAUGCAACUGAAGCAAGACCUCGAGAAAGGCGACACGAAUGUCAAAAUUGAGACGCUCAAGAAGGUUAUCAAGCUGCUGCUGAAUGGUGAGCGUUAUCCGGGUCUCAUAAUGACUAUCAUACGGUUCGUGCUGCCCGUGCAGAAUCACACGAUCAAGAAGCUGCUGCUCAUCUUCUGGGAGAUUGUGCCGAAGACUUCCUCCGAUGGCAAGCUGCUCCAGGAGAUGAUUCUCGUGUGCGACGCCUAUCGCAAGGACUUGCAACAUCCCAAUGAGUUCCUGCGCGGCUCCACGCUCCGUUUUCUGUGCAAGCUGAAGGAGCCGGAGCUGCUGGAGCCUUUGAUGCCAGCUAUACGCGCCUGCCUGGAUCAUCGUCACUCGUAUGUGCGACGCAAUGCGGUCCUGGCCAUAUUCACCAUAUACAAGAACUUUGAUUGGCUGGUGCCCGAUGGUCCCGAGCUGAUUGCCACGUUCCUGGACACGCAGCAGGACAUGUCGUGCAAGCGCAACGCCUUCCUCAUGCUGCUGCAUGCCGACCAGGAGCGUGCUCUCAACUAUCUCGCCUCCUGCAUUGAUCAGGUGCAGAGCUUUGGCGACAUACUGCAGCUGGUUAUUGUCGAGCUGAUCUACAAGGUGUGCCACGCCAAUCCCGCCGAGCGUUCACGUUUCAUUCGCUGCAUCUACAAUCUGCUUAACUCAUCCUCGAAUGCCGUGCGCUAUGAAUCCGCCGGCACUCUCAUCACUCUCUCGCUGGCGCCCACGGCAAUCAAGGCAGCUGCCGGAUGCUACAUUGAGUUGAUUGUCAAGGAGAGCGACAACAAUGUGAAGCUCAUUGUUCUGGAUCGCUUGAUUGCCAUGAAGGAGAACGAGAACAUGGAGAAGGUUAUGCAGGAUCUGGUGAUGGAUGUGCUCCGUGUCCUUGCCGCACCCGACAUUGAGGUGCGUCGCAAGACUCUUGCCCUGGCCAUGGACCUGGUCUACUCGCGCAACAUCAACGAGAUGGUCCAGGUGCUCCAGAAGGAGGUGGCCAAGACGCACAACGUCGAGCACGAGGACACGGGCAAAUACCGUCAACUGCUGGUGCGUACACUGCACACGUGCUCCAUUAAGUUCCCGGAUGUGGCCAGCAAUGUGAUCCCAGUGCUGGUCGAGUUCCUAUCCGAUACCAACGAACUGGCCGCUGUUGAUGUCCUCAUCUUUAUACGCGAGGCUAUUCAAAAGUUCCCAGCGUUGCGGGCGCUCAUCAUAAAGCAUCUGAUUGAGGCAUUUCCACAAAUCAAGUCCUCAAAGAUUCAUCGCGCCGCCGUUUGGAUUCUGGGCGAGUACGUGGAAGGCGCACAGAUUCUCGAGGUCAUUGCGGCCAUACAGCAAACCCUCGGCGAAAUACCCAUGGUGGAUGCCGAGCAACGUCGCCUCGCCGGCGACCAGACAGAGGAACAACUGCAGCAACAGCAGCAACAAGGCUCUGCCGCUGGCGGCGAUGCAACCACAGCCACCACCGGCAGCGGGACCGGCACUGGCAUCACCAACAGCAUCAGCAGCAAUAAGGUCACAUCAGACGGUACUUAUGCCACACAAAGCGCCUACAGCUUGGCACCUGUUGCCAAGAAGGAGAAGCGUCCUCCAUUGCGCCAGUAUCUGAUGGAUGGCGAUUUCUUCAUUGGAGCCGCCCUCUCAGCCACAUUGACCAAGUUGGCACUGCGCUAUGCUGAGCUGCAGCCGGAUGCACGAACACAGAAUCGUUUAACCACACAGGUGAUGCUCAUCAUGAGCUCCAUCUUGCAUCUGGGCAAAUCGGGCUUCCCCACCAAGCCCAUUACCUAUGAUGACUCCGAUCGCAUCAUGAUUUGCCUUCGCACGCUCAGCGAACGCACACCGGAAGCAGUUGCCGUAUUCAUGCAUGAUUGCCGUGAUGCACUUGGCAAGAUGUUGGAUGCCCAGCAUGAGGAGGAUCAGCGCAUGCUGAAGGAGAAGCAGCGUGCCACCGCCAAGGUGCAGCCAGAUUCGCCAGUAUUGUUUGCCCAGCUCUCAAACGGACGCGACAAUCAGCUGGGCGAGAACGUGUUCGAGUCGAGUCUGAAUCAAGCCUUGGCCGGCACAAAGAGCGCCCAGCUCAGCGACAUGUCAUCGCCCAACAACAAGCUCAACAAGGUCACCCAACUGACGGGCUUCUCCGAUCCCGUGUACGCCGAGGCCUAUGUCAAUGUCAAUCAAUAUGACAUUGUCCUGGACGUGCUGAUUGUGAACCAGACAAAUGACACACUGCAGAACUGCACAUUGGAGCUGGCCACUUUGGGCGAUCUGAAGCUGGUGGAGCGUCCACAUCCCGUUGUGCUGGCGCCCCACGAUUUCUGCAACAUUAAGGCCAACGUGAAGGUCUCCUCCACAGAGAAUGGCAUCAUCUUUGGCAACAUAGUUUAUGAUACAGCGCUGAAUACAAACGUUGUCGUACUCAAUACCAUACACAUCGACAUCAUGGACUACAUCAUCCCGGCCAGCUGCACAGACACCGAAUUCCGUCAAAUGUGGCAGGACUUUGAGUGGGAGAACAAGGUGACGGUUAACACGAGCUUCACAGAUCUGCACGAGUAUCUCAAGCAUCUGCUGAAGAGCACCAACAUGAAGUGCCUGACGCCGGAGAAGGCGCUCUCCGGCCAAUGCGGCUUUAUGGCCGCCAACAUGUAUGCCAAAUCCAUUUUCGGAGAGAACGCAUUAGCCAAUCUAAGCAUUGAGAAGCCCGUCGAUGAUCCCGACUCAAAGGUGACUGGACACAUACGUAUACGCGCCAAGAGUCAGGGUAUGGCACUAAGUCUUGGCGAUAAGAUCAGCUCCUCGCAGAAGCAAUCGGUGCAGGCCGCCUAGUUGACCAACAGCAAUAAUUACAACAACAAUAAAAA